AGCACAGACCACUCAAGAUCUGGGACUAGGUCGGGGGUACAAAAGAUGAGGUCAAGGGAUGAAGUGCCAAAAGUGAAUCUGUUUCUGUUAGUGGGGGACCUACCAUUUAAGAGGCAGAUGUUAUUUUGGAAUAAGAAAUCUUCUACUAUUUUUCCUUUCUGGUCUGUGGGUUUGUCUCCCCAAUGGGGACUAAAGGUUCUGCUUAUUCAGUUGCUAUUGCUAUCCAUUUAUCUUCCACACUGUAGAGCAAAAAGAGCACACGGCUGCACUAUUGAGACCCCUGCUAGCCCUGGCAGAAAACCCUGCGUGAAGUAUCUAUUUCUCAAUACGGAAAUGGAAGAUUACACAACUCACAAACAGGCAUGCAUCGACUACGGAAGUUGGUUAGCCAAAAUAUAUACGCAACAAGACAUGUCUCAACUCUCCAAUUUAGAUAGUUAUCAUUUUACAACAUUAAACUCGCGGGCGUUCGUUGGGGCCACUGGUAGAGGAAUUGCUGGUUACCAAUGGACCAAUGAAGCAGAGAUCAACUCUGCAUUUUGGAAUGAUGGUUUCCCAACAACCGACGUUAAACAGGACUGUGUCGUAAUUUAUGGCAAUAGCACGAAGCUGGCGACAAUAGAUUGUAAGUCAAAGCAGCGGGCUUUGUGUGAAACUUGUAUCCCCAUGGAGUCAAAAAUUAAUAAAUGCAAAUGGGUGUUAGUUGCGUGCCCGGGAAAAAAGAUAGAAUGCGGUUACAAGAUGUGCAACUAUGUCUAUCGGACUAAGUCAUGUAACUAUUUGCCCUGUUACAGGAACAGAUUUGGUCCGAGGUGCAUGUACCAAUGCAACUGCGCUGGUUCCCUAGCUUGUAACAUUGACACCGGACAUUGCCCACAGGGUUGUCUCCCAGGUUGGCAUGGAGAUGCUUGCAACAUAACACAGUGUCCUUUUAGGAGAUACGGCGAGACCUGCUCCAAAUUUUGCUAUUGCUCAAACGGUCAGCAAUGUGCCAUAAACGACGGUUUCUGUUCUCAUGGGUGUCCAGAAGGUCAUAAAGGAGGCUCUUGUGUGACCACGGUCUGUCCAAAUGGAAAGUUUGGCGACUCGUGCAAAUCCACCUGUCGUUGUCCUUUCGAAGGCGCGUGUGCUAAGAAGUCAGGCUUCUGCUUUACUGAGCCGUGCCCUUCCAACACAUUUGGACUCCAGUGCCAGAACUGGUGCUUCUGCAAGAACGAUUUGGUAUGUCAAGUAGAGACAGGGAAGUGCCCACAAGGCUGUGCUGAUGGCUGGACGGGAACGUCGUGUAACCAGACUGUCUCUUGUCCAGAUGGACUUUUUGGAGACAAUUGUGAGAAAAGCUGUGAGUGCAGGUUCGGCCCGUGUGAUGCUGUCACUGGGGUGUGCAAUUCUACGGAAGCAGGACGGAACUUGGGUUUUUUCUGCGACAAUCCACGAAAGUGGGGUGAAGACUGCAACAAUGAGUGCCAAGUUAGCUUUUGCUCCAAGUGCCUCAGGGUGACCGGAAAUACAUGUGCUGGAUGUGACGACGGCUACGUGUUGGAGGCUGGCAUAUGCGUUCAACCUGGAAUGGGCACAGAAAACAUCCUAAUAAUCGUGGUGAUGCUGAUCCUAUUCCUUCUCCUGCUGUUACUUUUGGUGGCAUUCCUUUUGAAAAAACGCAAGAAGGAGGACCCUGAGUGUAAGAAGAUCGCCGGGAGCGAGAAAGGAGACGAGGAGGACCACGUGGAAGAUCCAGAACAUGAAGAUGAGGGUCAGGAGGAAAAGCACUCUGGAGAUGAUGAACAUGAUGAAGAGGAGCCAAAAGGCGAAGACCACCAGCCGUCGGAUGAUUGAGGCUCGAUCGAUGCCAUGGUGUCACGAUGCAGUGGAAUCAGGCGCUCGUCAAUUUUUGACCAUAUGAAGUCUUGGGUACAUGUAUUAUAGUUAAGAGUGUUCAUUUGUCUUGCUUGUGAUGAAAAAAUGAUCCAUCCAUCUUUAACAGAAGUUGAGAUAUUUUGGAUUGGAGGAGGUUGGGGUCACUGUUUUCAGAGCUAAAAUAAGAGAGAAACUGGCCGUCAAAGUUUGGUGACUUCCAAAGAUUGAAUGUCCUUGAAAACUAUAAAUUUAUAUUGUUUGUACCUUUAACCAAAGAGUCUACACAACAAGAGGGGCCACUUCUCUCUUUGAGCCAAUUAAAAAAAGUGUCCUCAA